GCGUCCGUCUGUGAGGUUUCCCAUCUUCACAGACAGCCUUUUCCGUCUUGAAAACGUAUCCAAGACUUACAAUCCACACACUCUGCCAUCUCGGAAAACCAUGACUUCUGCUAAUUUUGUAUGCCUCCCGGCGGGUUGCGCACACAUGGUUGCUUGGUUUUAACGGGAAGCAGAUGUCCCCAGACACCCCCUCGACAACCACACCACCAUGGCAUCAGUUCGAGCGGAAGGUCGAGGAGGUCAAGCCAUCCAAGACUGAUAUCAAUUAUCUAGUCAUGGACUACCUCAUCACCAAUGGCUACCCUGCUGCUGCGAAGAAAUUCGCACUGGAGGCUAAUAUCCAACCCAAAGCAGAUGUGGAUUCUAUCCAGGAACGGGUAGACAUCCGCACUGCGAUCCAUUCUGGCGAUAUCCAGUCUGCGAUCGAAAAUAUCAAUGAGCUCAAUCCUCAGAUCUUGGAUGAGAACCCAUCACUGCACUUCGCUUUACUGCGUUUGCAACUGGUAGAAUUGAUCCGCAAAUGCUCCUCCACACCAGACGGAGACAUCAGCCCUGCUUUGGAGUUUGCCACUUCUCAGCUCGCACCCCGGGCCCCUACCGACCCUCAAUUCCUCGAGGACUUGGAGCGGACACUUUCUCUUCUGAUCUUUCCGACGGAGAACUUGGCACCCUCCCUUGCUCCUCUUCUACACCCAGACUUGCGUAAGGAUAUCGCCACCCGUGUCAACGAGGCCAUCCUACAAUCCCAGGGUGCUCGUAAAGAGGCCCGUCUGCGGAACCUGGUCAAGCUGCGCGCUUGGGCAGAGCAGAAGGCCCGAGAGGCUAAGAAGAAUAUUCCCGACAAGUUGGACAUCGGACUUGGCGGGAACGGUAACCAUGUAAACGCCAGUGGGAAUGGCGCCGGCGCCGCUAGCGACACUGUAAUGACCAGCAACGGGGAUGUCGACCCGAUGAUCUCUUAAUGUUUUUCUUUGAUCUGAUCUUGCCC